UGGCAGCAUGAGGUUGUUGAUCAUUGCAGCUGCCUCUCUGGCAGUGGUGAGCUGUGCCAGCCUCUCUCUGGAGGACCUGGAGUUCCACGCAUGGAAACUCAAGUUUGAGAAAUCAUAUAGCUCACUUGAGGAGGAGGCCCAUCGUAAAAACAUCUGGAUCUCCACCCGCCGCAGGGUCCUGGACCACAACACCCUGGCUGAUCAGGGCAUCAAGACCUACCGCAUGGGCAUGAACCAGUUCUCUGACAUGGAAAGUGAGGAAUACAGUCAGACUGUCCUUAGAAGAAGAAGCAUGAUCCCCUCCAAUGAGACCAAAGCCAUUCCCCACCGAGGCACAAUACCCUCCCAACCUAAAGGGGGCGCUGCUAAGAUGCCUGACUCUGUGGACUGGAGGGAUAAUGGCUGUGUUACACCUGUCAAAGAUCAGGGGCUGUGUUUUUCCGACUGGGCCUUCAGCAUGACAGGUGCACUAGAGUCCCACAACUGCAUACAAUAUGGGUACCUUCCCUCUCUGAGUGAACAGCAGCUGGUGGACUGCUCUUGGUCCUAUGGAAACACAGGCUGCGUUGGAGGUCUGAUCGAUCCAUCAUUUCAGUAUGUCAUUGAUAACGGGGGGAUAGACACAGAGGCAUAUUACCCCUAUGAGGGGAAGGAUGGAUCCUGCCGCUUCAAUCCCUCUGGUGUUGGUGCCACCUGCAGUGGAUAUUCUGAUUGGUAUGUGGUCAAUGUGGGACCCGUGUCUGUGACCAUCGAUGGUGAAGACCUAAUCCUGUUCUAUGAAUCUGGUGUCUUCUCUGACCCUGACUGCAGUAGCAGUAAAUACAAAACUGAUUUGUUGGUGGUGGGCUAUGGAACUGAAGAUGGUCAAGGCUACUGGUUGGUGAAGAACAGCUUCGGCGUUUCUUGGGGAGAGGAAGGCUACAUCAAAAUGUCCCGGAAUCACGGCAACCAGUGUGGCAUUGCGUCUCAUGCCUCUUAUCCUACAGUCUGAUGGUGAUUUGGUGACAAAUACUGUAUGACUCGGAUGACAUAAAAU